AAAACACCAUUUCCCUUCUCCCUCUCUUCUUCAAGUACCAUCUCUCUUCUUCUUCAUCUGUUUUCAUCAAUGGCAGCCACUAGCACCAGCUCUCUCCUCUCUUCCAAAUCCUCAUCAAUUCAAUCCCAUCAAUUUCCAUCAUCUCCAAAAACCCGUCAAUCUUCUUUAAUAACCAGAUCGUUUAAACCCAUAUCAGCCGUCCAUUCACCAGACUCAUCGAAGCCGUCGCCGUCCAAGGUCGCCACCUCAGCUGCCACAUCAUCCGUGGCUGUCCCUGCGCCGGCGAAAACUGAUAAAAAGUGGGGUAUAGAGAGCUGGAAGAGUAAGAAAGCUCUGCAGCAGCCGGAAUACCCGAAUCAGGAAGAACUUGAAUCUGUUCUAAAGACAAUCGAUGCUUUUCCUCCGAUUGUAUUCGCCGGAGAAGCUAGAAGCUUGGAGGAACGAUUGGCGGAGGCCGCGAUGGGAAAUGCUUUUCUUCUUCAAGGUGGAGAUUGUGCUGAGAGUUUCAAAGAGUUUAAUGCGAAUAACAUUCGUGAUACUUUUAGGAUUCUGUUGCAAAUGGGUGCUGUUCUUAUGUUUGGUGGUCAAAUGCCGGUUAUCAAGGUGGGAAGAAUGGCGGGUCAGUUUGCGAAACCGAGAUCGGAUUCUUUUGAGGAGAAGAAUGGAGUGAAAUUGCCGAGUUACAGAGGAGAUAACAUAAACGGAGAUGCGUUCAACGAAAAGUCGAGAGUUCCCGAUCCUGAUAGAAUGAUAAGAGCUUAUUGUCAAUCGGCGGCGACAUUGAAUCUAUUGAGAGCUUUUGCAACUGGAGGAUAUGCGGCUAUGCAAAGGGUUACUCAAUGGAAUUUGGAUUUUACAGAGCAUAAUGAACAAGGAGACAGGUAUAAGGAAUUAGGUCACCGAGUUGAUGAGGCAUUAGGGUUCAUGGCUGCUGCUGGAUUAACAAUGGAUCAUCCAGUGAUGAAAACAACCGAAUUUUGGACAUCUCAUGAAUGUUUACUUCUUCCUUAUGAACAAUCAUUAACUAGGCUUGACUCAACUUCUGGUCUAUUCUAUGAUUGUUCGGCUCACUUCCUUUGGGUUGGUGAAAGAACUCGUCAACUCGACGGUGCCCAUGUCGAGUUCUUGAGAGGAGUUGCUAACCCUCUUGGAAUUAAGGUGAGUGACAAGAUGAAUCCGAAUGAUCUUGUUAAAUUGAUCGAGAUAUUGAAUCCGGGAAACAAAGCUGGUAGGAUAACGAUCAUUGCAAGAAUGGGGGCAGAGAAUAUGAGGGUUAAACUUCCACAUCUCAUUAGAGCUGUGAAGAGGAGUGGUCAAAUUGUAACAUGGGUUAGUGAUCCUAUGCAUGGUAACACAAUUAAAGCACCUUGUGGUCUCAAAACUAGGCCAUUUGAUUCAAUUAUGGCCGAAGUGAGAGCCUUCUUUGACGUGCAUGAGCAAGAAGGGAGCCACCCGGGAGGAGUUCAUCUUGAGAUGACGGGUCAGAACGUGACUGAGUGCAUCGGAGGGUCAGGGUCAAAAACCGUUACUUUCGAUGAUCUAGGUUCACGCUACCACACCCAUUGUGACCCAAGGCUCAAUGCCUCUCAAUCGUUGGAGCUCGCGUUCAGCAUAGCCGAGCGCCUUAGAAAGAGACGGCUCGUUUCCAAGAUCCAACCGUCUUCCUAGGCUGCCAUUGACACUUGACAGCCCUUUUCCCAUUUUUCUAUCUUAUAAUUUAUUUGGGUCGGUUUGAAACUUGAGGAAAAGACUUUGCCAUAAAAAUGUACUAUUUGUGUUACAUAUUGCAAUGAAAUUGAUGCAUUAUUUUAUA